AUGGCUAUAUUCGUUCAUAUUGGAGGUUGGAUUGGUGAUACUCCUAUGAGCAGAGGUCUUUCUAUUACUGCCGUUCGGAAAGAAAGAAGCAAGAAAUACACAAUUAUCAUGCAAUCAAUGGGCUCUCUGGGUCCUACUUUAUUCUUCUUGUCUCAGCUGAACCGUGUCAAAACUCCAGCAGUGGCGGUUCUCUGCAUGACGUGCCGUCAGAACCAGUCAAAAGUGGUGUCUAGCUCUGACAUAAAGACUCAUGCUGUCCCCAGCAGGGCUCUGAAGCAUUCUCCUAGUCGGGGUGUACUCUUAGGACUUUUAAACACAGCAGGAGUCCUCGCUGGUGUCUUUGGCACUGCGGCUACUGGCUACAUCCUCCAACGAGGUUCUUGA